AUGGGAUGGAAAGAACUGCUUGGAGAUAUCUUGUUUCGCUGCCCCAUGCAUUCUAUGGGAGAACUUCUCAUUAAAAAGGGGGCAACCGUGUACUUUCAAGAGAUUUUGCCCAAGCCUUCCUUCAGCGUGUUCAGCGCUGAGUAUGCAGCUCAUAGCGAAGACGUCUUUAUGCUUUUUGGCUACUCCUUCCUUUACCCGUGGCUGGCCACAGACGACGACAGAAACACCACUCUUCGAAUGAUCCGAACGCUGGCGGACUUCGCACGGGAAGGGAAGGUGCCUGCUCUAGAGAACGGAAAGGAGUGGCCGAAAUACUCGACACUUGCUGGAUCUCCCGUGGUCCAACAAACAGAUUCUGGCUACUCAAUGGAGGGACCGACGCGGGACUGCGAACUUAUACGCUUUCUGUCCGCUCUUAUUGAAGGCUCAUGA